GUUAUCGAUGGCAGUGACGUGGUCACGUAUCGAACAGUUAAAAGUAGUUUAAAUGUCAAAGUCAGGCGAUUUAAAUGUUAGAGACUGGCUGGAAAUUGUUGAGCAGAGUGGGAGUCAGAUGAUAGUUCUGGUAGAAACAUGGAGAGACAUGGCCUUGAACGUAGCAGUGUCCAGCCUUCAACUGAGCAUCUUGCUGUACAGAUCCGACAAUUUAGCUUUAACUGCUUUCAGCUGCAGAGAAGCAUGGUGGACAGCAAGAUGGGGGACAGCCAGAGGAAGGACCAACAGAGCCUAAGGAUGUUCCUGAGCAAAUUUACUGACCAAAAUAAUCGUUUGAAAGCUAGCAGCGAACAGAUCUUUGAUGAGCUGAGACAGAGCAGGAGACUGUUGACCUAUGUUCUCUCGGAGAAUACACAAGCAAUGGAGGCUUUAAAGGAAUGUUUUGGAGAAAACAGAGCAACACUCAUUGAAUUGCAUGAAGCAUUACAGACACUGAGGACCCAUUAUUUAGAAUCACAAACUCAACAACCUAAUGUCAUGGCCACACCCACUCAGAACGGAACUGUGGUACCUACACCAACAAUACCAGGAAAUGUCAUGGCCACACCCACUCAGAACGGAACUGUGGUACCUACACCAACAAUACCAGGAAAUGUCAUGGCCACACCCACUCAGAACGGAACUGUGGUACCUACACCAACAAUACCAGGAAAUGUCAUGGCCACACCCACUCAGAACGGAACUGUGGUACCUACACCAACAAUACCAGGAAAUGUCAUGGCCACACCCACUCAGAACGGAACUGUGGUACCUACACCAACAAUACCAGGAAAUGUCAUGGCCACACCCACUCAGAACGGAACUGUGGUACCUACACCAACAAUACCAGGAAAUGUCAUGACCACAGAAACACAGCAAGAUAAUUUGCUGGUUGCCAUGAAACCGCAAGCAAAUGUCAAAACUACAUCGCCUCAGCGAGAACAUGCCAUGGCUAAAUCCUCAUCAACACAAGAACGAUACUUCAAAAGCUCAAUAAUGUCCUCAUUGAAAAUUCCCACAGAAAAUCAUUCAUCUAUUGCUGAUACGAAUUUACAAUUAACAGAAAUUCAGCAGCAAGAUUCUGCAAUAAAUAAACAAAGCCGUGGAGACUUGCCUAAACAAUUAUCGUCACGUUCAGAUACCGCUCAUGGCGAUAAACUCUUUGAGAGUCCCAUUAUAUCCUCAUUGAAAAUGCCCAAAACUGCAUUUGAUAACUUUCAUGUAAAGAACAAAUCUAAAGUAAGUCAUUCAUCUAUUUCUGAUACGGAUUUACCACCAUCAGAUAUUCAGCAGUUAGAUUCUACAAUGAAUAAACAUAGCUAUGGAGACUUGGCUGAACACUUUACUUCUAUUGAUACAGGUAAUACACUUGAACAGGAAGACGAUCGCCAAAGCUCUUGUGCAGAUGGAAUUUCUUUGAAUACAGUCAUUAAAAGUGGAGCUAUGCUUUUUACGAGUCCAGUACUACAGCAAUCUAGAAAUAUUGUGAGAGAUGAUGAAGAUUAUGAACAAUUGUCUUCAAUUGAAACAGAUAACAACCUUGGAAAAGAAGAGGAUUACCAAAGCUCUUGUACUGAUGGAAUUUCUUUGGAUACAAUCAUAGAAAGUGGAGGUAUGCUUUUUAAUAGUCCUGUAUUAUCAGUACCAGAGCGAUCUAGAAGAAAGCUUGUGAGGGAUCAUAAAGAUUAUGAAACAUCUAUGUCUGAGACACACAGUUCUUCUUCUUCAUCUCAUGAAGAUGAUCUUGAUAGUACAGAUGAUUCUUGCAGUCAAGACUUUUCUCAAGAUUCAGGCACACACGUUGUUUUAUUUGAGAAUAGACCAUCACCAAAGACUAAAAAUAACACAACGAAAUCUAUGAGCAAUAACAAGACAAUAUUGUUUACUUCAAUUCGUACACCCAACACACAAGCCAGAGAAUUACACUCACAAUCGCAACCGGAAAUGGUAGCUCUAUGUGAAAGUAAAGAUAACGGUACUAUUCAUCCCACUAAAACAAAAAGUUUAUCUAGACCAGUGAUUCCCAAAGUGGUCCAUAUAGACCCACAGGGGUCUACGAAGACUUCCAAGGGGGUCUACGAAAGGGAAAACAUACAUUGGGGGUCUAUGAGAUGUCCACGGGGGUCUACGAUAAUAGAUUUCAUUUAAGCAGGUCGUGACUUUAAUUUUAACUUCAAAUUAUUGUAAUUCUUUCAUACACUAAUAUAUGAUUUGUACCCGAGUUAAUCCUUUAAAUAUUUAUCCUGCUAUUAAAACGAAAUAUUGUUGUAUCUAAUUUAAAUACUUAUUUAACUAGCUUCAUUUUAUGCGACAUGCAACCAAUGUUUAAAAAAAAUUGUAGACUGUACAGAGCCUGAUUAUUUAAAAUUGGUAUUUAUUCCUUCCUUGUAAUACUAGUGGUUGCCAUAAGUGCCUUUUUAUACCGAUUUGAAAUCAAUUAUGCUGGAGGAUCAUUUGAGACCAUGCCUGCACCCUGACAAAAUACAUAAAGAUUUGAAAAACGUUCAAACACUCAGACUAGACCCAUAAUAUCUCUCUUCUAAACCAUACAGAGAAGAUAAUAGUUUGUGAGCGUCUUACAAAAUCUCUUUACAUAUAGCAAAAAAAGAAAAAUGCUAAAGGUACAACAUUGAUUUUACCCGCCGUUGUAGUUUUAAAUAACUGUUUUACACAAAUCUACAUCUGACAUUAUUAAACGAAUUUCUUUAAGCAACACUACAGUUCAAGGUCACAUUUGUGGCAUGAGUUAUAAAAUUAAAAGUUUCUUUUGUAAUUCUUUCAAAACGACAUAUAUACAGUUUAGGAUCAGCGGCGAACAGGCUCCGACAGGGUGUAGCCCUGUGUGCUGCAAACUGCCUAAAGGUCGCCGGCUCCUAAUUUUUAACAGGGUUGACCCACGAAACCUUUCCCAUGUUUGGGUAUAGCUGCAAGGCAGCACAGUUUGAAUUCAGUUUUCCUUCUGCUAGGUGGGCUGCAAGCCAAGUCUAAUGAGCCCUUCCUGCCCAAAGCUGACUGGUUUAGGUACUCACCUUCACCCUUUCUCCUGUUAGUGAAAACAGUUCUGCGCACCCAAAAUUUGAGCCACACGUGAAAGAUCAAGACAUACAAGAGAAACUGCUCUUUGCGAAAACUUUGACAAUGAUACAUAAGGCUAAUUAAUUAAUUGAUUGAUUACUAUUUAAUGUUUGAGGACUACAAAUUCCUACAUGAAACAUAAUAUCCUAGCAACGGAUAAUAGAUGUGCAAAACAAAAAAACAAGAAAAAAAAACCCAUUUCCAAUGUGUUUGGUGAUUCCAGUAAUAAAUAUAAAUUGUUAUUUUUAAUUAGAUUAAAUUUGAAUUUUGUCAAUAAAAAAAAAUAGACAGAUCUCUAUAGCCCUAUUUGUUGCUUUAAAUUAUUUUUUCACUCUUUAACUCACUGCAGUUAGAAAUUUGUUUUAAAAAUGUUUUGAUGAAUUUGCAAAAAUUCAAUACAAGUUAAGUAGGGGGUCUACCGAAAGCCAGAAAAACAUGCCAAGGGGUCUACAAGGCGCUCAGUGAACACAACUCUGCUCGAGUCGGGUGUUGAACCUCUUUCCCCUUUCGUAGGUAGCCAAGCCAAGUUCAGGCGUUCUUAGCCACUCGACUACGCGUUAUAUGUGAAUGUAGGGCUAGACAGUGAAAUGGACAGUGUUCUACGAGAUUAACCGAGACCAUCGUCAUAGGAGGCCUGAACACCGACCUGCAACGUCGAAACCUGUGGACAGUGUAGACCAAUAGCUCGUUGCCACGACACAUGUCUUUACUACGUGGCAACAAGCUAUUGGUAUUCACAGGUUGCUAAGUCUUAGAUUAGUGUUGAGGCCUACUAUAAAUAUUGGUUUCGAAUGAACAAACAAUAUUAAGUGAUAGCAUGGGGAGUUGCAGUCGAGAGGAGUCAGUAGUCAUUAAGUGAUAGCAUGGGGAGUUGCAGUCGAGAGGAGUCAGUGGUCAUUAAGUGAUAGCAUGGGGAGUUGCAGUCGAGAGGAGUCAGUGGUCAUUAAGUGAUAGCAUGGGGAGUUGCAGUCGAGAGGAAUCAGUGGUCAUUAAGUGAUAGCAUGGGGAGUUGCAGUCGAGAGGAGUCAGUGGUCAUUAAGUGAUAGCAUGGGGAGUUGCAGUCGAGAGGAGUCAGUGGUCAUUAAGUGAUAGCAUGGGGAGUUGCAGUCGAGAGGAGUCAGUGGUCAUUAAGUGAUAGCAUGGGGAGUUGCAGUCGAGAGGAGUCAGUGGUCAUUAAGUGAUAGCAUGGGGAGUUGCAGUCGAGAGGAGUCAGUGGUCAUUAAGUGAUAGCAUGGGGAGUUGCAGUCGAGAGGAGUCAGUGGUCAUUAAGUGAUAGCAUGGGGAGUUGCAGUCGAGAGGAGUCAGUGGUCAUUAAGUGAUAGCAUGGGGAGUUGCAGUCGAGAGGAGUCAGCCCUGAUGUUGGUUUGAGGGUCAGACUCAUGUGUUGGUGUAGAAUUUAGCUGUUGGCUUAAAUAAUCAAAUAGAUUGAACACUGUCUCAUCGCAUAAAGGAUUCGAGAUACCGAUCUCACAAAUACAAGCAACGGAAGAACUCCUUUUGUUUCCAUUAGCAAUCCAAUCAUUAUAUACAACCCAGAUGUAAUCAUCACACACAAUGUUGGAGUGAACAUGUACUGAAUGUUUUGUUUGCUAUUAUUAUAAUUGUUGUUGUGUGUGAUGCACACAAUUUGAGCCAAAUGUAUCUAUUGGUAAAUAAAAAUGAUAUUAUUAUUAUUUUAUAUAUGUAUCUAGUUAAACUUAAGACUAGCUUUAAUGUAAAUACAUGGUCAUGUGUUCUGGUAUUUCAACUUGGAUAGACUUUGGCAGAAAUUGUGAUAGAGCAUAGCAAUCUAUUUAUAUUUAUCGUUAGUAUUUUAUAUUAUUUACAAAACAUGUUUUGGGGAUGUCUAUAUGGAACAAUGAUUUAAUCUGUGAUUUAUUUUUUCUUGUCUUUAAAGAAUAAUACAUUUUCAAGUGUAAA